GCAAGGGAAGCUCAGCCUCCAGUCAAAGCCAGGCCCAAGCUCAAGAGCAACAACAAUCGCAAGCUCAAAGCCAACAACAGGACUCUAGGUCAACAAGCAAGGGAAGCUCAGCCUCCAGUCAAAGCCAGGACCAAGCUCAAGAGCAACAACAAUCUCAAGCUCAAAGCCAAGAACAGGACUCUGAGUCGGUAAGCAAAGGAAGCUCACACUCCAGUGGAAAGAGCAACCAAAGUCAAAGCCAGGCUCAAGCUCAAGAGCAACAACAAUCUCAAGCUCAAAGCCAACAACAGGACUCUGUGUCGGUAAGCAAGGGAAGCUCAGCCUCCAGUCAAAGCCAGGAACAAGCUCAAGAGCAACAACAGGAACAAUCUCAACAACAACAACAAGCUCAGCAACAACAACAAUCUGAAGCUGAAAGCCAACAACAGGACUCUAUGUCGGCAAGCAAGGGAAGCUCAGCCUCCAGUCAAAGCCAGGAACAAGCUCAAGAGCAACAACAAUCUCAAGCUCAAAGCCAACAACAGGACUCUGUGUCGGUAAGCAAGGGAAGCUCAGUCUCCAGUCAAAGCCAGGCCCAAGCUCAAAAGCAACAACAAUCGCAAGCUCAAAGCCAAGAACAGGACUCUAUGUCGGCAAGCAAGGGAAGCUCACACUCCAGUGGAAAGAGCAGCCAAAGUCAAAGCCAGGCUCAAGCUCAACAACAGGAACAAUCUCAACAACAACAACAAGCUCAGCAACAACAACAAUCUCAAGCUGAAAGCCAACAACAGGACUCUAUGUCGGCAAGCAAGGGAAGCACAGCCUCCAGUCAAAGCCAGGACCAAGCUCAAGAGCAACAACAAUCUCAAGCUCAAAGCCAAGAAGAGGACUCUGUGUCGGCAAGCAAGGGAAGCUCAGCCUCCAGUCAAAGCCAGGAACAAGCUCAAGAGCAACAACAAUCUCAAGCUCAAAGCCAACAACACGACUCUGUUUCGGCAAGCAAGGGAAGCUCAGCCACCAGUCAAAGCCAGGCCCAAGCUCAAGAGCAACAACAAUCGCAAGCUCAAAGCCAACAACAGGACUCUAUGUCGGCAAGCAAGGAAAGCUCACACUCCAGUGGAAAGAGCAGCCAAAGUCAAAGCCAGGCUCAAGCUCAACAACAGGAACAAUCUCAACAACAACAACAAGCUCAGCAACAACAACAAUCUCAAGCUGAAAGCCAACAACAGGACUCUAUGUCGGCAAGCAAGGGAAGCUCAGCCUCCAGUCAAAGCCAGGACCAAGCUCAAGAGCAACAACAAUCUCAAGCUCAAAGCCAACAACAGGACUCUGUGUCGGUAAGCAAGGGAAGCUCACACUCCAGUGGAAAGGGCAGCCAAAGUCAAAGCCAGGCUCAAGCUCAACAACAGGAACAAUCCCAACAACAACAACAAGCUCAACAACAACAACAAUCUCAAGCUGAAAGCCAACAACAGGACUCUAUGUCGGCAAGCAAGGGAAGCUCAGCCUCCAGUCAAAGCCAGGAACAAGCUCAAGAGCAACAACAAUCGCAAGCUCAAAGCCAACAA